UGAGUGCAAACAGGUUUAUCACAUCAGAAAUCUCAACUGUGUUUAUGUUGUCUUGCAGUUGUCAUGUCAGAGGGGUCACAUAAGUGUGGCUGGAGCUGCCUGGGUCCUCUGACCUUCCAUUGUCAGGCUGUUGGAGACAUGGUCUCCCUGAGCCAGGGGGGUCGACUUGCAAAGAGGAUGGAAGGCACCUUCAAGAACGGUCUGGUAUUCAGCAGUCGCGAAGUGAGGGUCCAGGAGAGGGUUUGCUUGAGAGUGGAGAAGGAUUUGUUUAACUGGCACGGAGCGCUGCGUGUGGGCUUCACCACCGUGUCACCUACAUCCAGAGCUCUGCCUCUACCCUGCAUGGCCAUCCCCAACCUCACCGACACUGGCAAGCACUGGGCUGCACCUGUGCAUGAGUCCCUCUGUAGAGCAGGCUCAAAGCUGGAGUUCUGGGUUUCUCAUGGUGGUGCCGUCUACGUCAAAAGUAACACUAGCAAAAAGCACAUGCUUCUGAGAGGAGUGGACCUCAGCCGGCCGCUGUGGGCCAUAAUAGAUAUCUACGGACAGACAUGCUCCAUUCUCCUCCUGCGCUCAAAGAAAACAACAUCGUCCUGGACCAGACAAUCCUGUCCUGUACCUGAAUGCAUCACUUCAACUAAUUCUGACAACUUUACAUGCAUCUCUGGUCCUAACGUGGAAAUCCCACAAGACAAAUGCUGUGUGGUAUGCCUGGGGAAGAAGGCCAGCGUCACUCUGCCUUGUGGCCAUCAGUGUUUAUGUCACUACUGCGCCAACAGAGUCAUCUAUGAGCUUGGCAACUGCCCUCUGUGUCGGUACAAUAUCACAGCUCCAUCAGAGGAGGACAGCUGUAUUCCUUACAGGCUCUGAGCUCCAAGACACCAAGAAUGAACAUGUAUUACUCCACUCUGUCUUCCUUAAUAUGUAAUGUUGUACAGCUUUGUUUUCUGAUGGUCUAAAAGAAUGUAUGAAACGUAAUUACUUUCAUUUGAUUGUUAAGGAUGACGGAAACAUAAAUGUAUGCUGAAUGAAGACAAGAUAUAAACUGCACUCACAGAUUAAAGGAUUAAAGUGCAAUAAAUAUGUUUACUGUACAGUUGAAGAAAAUAGUCUCCUUCAAGGUGUAAAUAUUAAAUUAUUUUUGUAAAUAAAAAAAUAAAAUCUAUUAUA